CCUUUACUUGUUUUUUUACUUUUUUUACUUUUUUUUGUUUUUUGUCUGAACUGUUCGAUCUGAGCGUCUCUGACCAGAUGCACCGAACCAGCUGGAUGGACGCUGCCCCGCAAGCCCAUGCAUCGCCAUCCCCGUCCGCGUACGGGUACACACGCCUCGACACAAGCAUGGCAGCAUCCACGCAGCAGCAGAGCUUGUCGGCCAGCAGCAACCCGAGCCUCUCGACCUCGUCCUCAAUCUUGAGCCACCAUCAUGGCGAGCACUCGACCGUGUCGGUCUCAAGCACAGCCUCGGACUCGUCGGCGCCAGCCAAGAUGGACGUGAUCAAGUCACGCUAUCCGUACUGCGUCGUCUGGACGCCAUUGCCAUGCAUCUCAGCAUUGCUGCCAUUCAUUGGCCAUGUCGGAAUAUGCACAAGCAAGGGAAUCAUCCGCGACUUUGCGGGACCGUAUUACGUGUCGACGGACAACAUGGCGUUCGGCACGCCAACCAAGUACUGGGUGCUUGACCCAAGUCGUGUCCAGUCCAAGCAGCACGACUGGGACCGCGCGGUGGCCAAAGCGAGUGACGAGUACGCGUGCCGCAUGCACAACCUGUUUUGCGACAAUUGCCACUCGCAUGUCGCCAUGGCGCUCAAUCUGAUGGAAUAUGGCGGCAGCUCGAGCUGGAGCACCUGGAAAAUCGGGCUUCUGAUGCUCGUUCAUGGGCGCUAUGUCAGUUCUGGCGCCUUGCUACGAACCUGGUUGCCAUUCCUAGUGCUCGCCGCCAUCGUUGCCAUCAUUGUUGUAUUCACUCGAUAGCGCCUUUUUUUUGUUUUUCCAACUCGCCAACCUUGUCAAUAGCAGUAGUAUUUCAAGACUUGCUUUUUUUGUUUGUUUUUGUUUUUUAAGUUUCUUUCAACAUAUUUUCACACGCACA